AUGGUUGGGAGGCGGUUGUAUUUCGGAUUUUUAUUGAUUUUUCUAUUGAAACUUGUGGCUGCUCAAAAAGAACCAUUGUUUGCGGACAAACGCGGUACUAUUGUGCAUUUAUUUGAGUGGACUUGGAAGGAUAUUGCCAAGGAAUGCGAAGAUUUUCUGGGGCCACAUGGUUAUGGUGGUGUACAGAUUUCCCCACCCAAUGAAGUGAUUGUACAAGAAAAUAAUCCCUGGUGGGCUCGUUAUCAACCCGUGUCUUAUAUACUUACCUCCCGUUCCGGCAAUGAAGCUGAUUUAGCUGAUAUGAUUAAACGCUGCAAUCAAGUUGGCGUACGAAUUUAUGUGGAUACUGUUGUAAAUCAUAUGUCCGGUUUUAAGGCAGGUCAAACGAUGGGUACUGCCGGUUCCGUCGCCUAUUAUGAACAACGCAAUUGGCCAGCUGUGCCAUAUGCCGCAGCUGAUUUCCAUCCGACUUGUGAAAUUCAAAAUUAUCAAAAUGCCACUGAGGUUAGAGAUUGUCAAUUGGGUUCGUUGGCUGAUUUGAAUCAAACGCUGCCGCACGUACGCGAUAUGAUUGUUAAUUAUAUGAAUCAUUUAAUUGAUUUGGGUGUUGCUGGUUUUCGUAUGGAUGCUGCCAAACAUAUGUGGCCGGAGGAUUUGAAGGCAAUAUAUGGCAGUUUGAAGGGACUAAAUACCAAACAAGGUUUUGUUGCUAACGCCAAGCCGUAUAUCUAUCAGGAAGUCAUUGAUUUAGGUGGGGAACCUAUAAAAAAAACCGAAUACAACCAUUUGGGCGCUGUAACGGAAUUUGUAUUUUCCAAAGCCAUUGGUGAAGUGUUUCGUGGUAAAAAAUCUUUGAAUACUCUCAAAAAUUGGGGUCCCGAAUGGGCUAUGUUACCCUCCGAAGAUGCCAUUGUAUUUGUGGAUAAUCAUGACAAUCAGCGCGGUCAUGGAGCCGGUGGUGCUGAUAUACUAACACACAAAGAUCCUGAAUUAUAUAAAGCCGCCGUGGCCUUUAUGUUAGCCCAUCCAUAUGGCAAAGUAACCCGCGUUAUGAGUUCCUAUAGUUUCGCGAACAGUGAUCAGGGACCACCAGCCGCUAAAGAUGGUACCAUUACUGGACCAACAUUUUUAGACAACAAUCAAUGUGAUACAGCGAAAUCGGGAUGGGUUUGUGAACAUCGUUGGCCCGAAAUACAUCACAUGGUGAAAUUCCGUAACACUCUCAGCGAUCAACCCUUGGCAAAUUGGUGGGAUAAUGGUGGCAAUCAGAUUGCCUUCUCACGGGGCAAUCAAGGUUUUGUGGCUUUCAAUAUGGAUAAAGAUAAGGAACUAAAGGCUAAUCUUCAAACUGGCCUACCCAAGGGAGUUUAUUGUGACAUCAUUUCCGGGCGUAAAUCUUGUAAUUCUUGCACCGGACUUAAAGUCACGGUGGGAGCUGAUGGCAAAGCGGACAUAUCACUUGCCAAAGGUCCCAAAGUUUUGGCUAUCUAUAAUCAAUCCAAAUUAACUUGA